GAUAGUAGCAGCAUCAUGGCAGGAGUGAAAGUCGCACCGAUGAGACCAUUGAAGGAUUUCUUUCCUGGUGUUGAUCAGUUUGCCAAACCUGAUGUAUCUGAUUUGAGCAAAUGGAAUAACAGAGUGAUCAACAAUCUACUUUAUUAUCAGACGAAUUACUUUGCUGCGGCCAUCGUCGUGUUAUUGAUUGUUGGGUUUUUGAACCCCUUGGGCAUGCUUCUUGGUGGUGUAGUUGUAGCUGCGGUCUUCAUGGGCUCUGUAUGGGCAGGAGAGAACCAGGCUAUGAUCAAGAAUUUUAAAAAGAAGAAUCCAUCUCUGUUUGUGGUUGCUGUUUUGGGAAUCAGCUACUUCCUGCUGUCGAUGUGUGGAGGAGUGAUUGUGCUUCUUUUUGGUAUUACAUUUCCCAUGCUAUUGUGUCUUAUCCACGCUUCUCUGAGACUUCGCAACAUGAAGAACAAGUUGGAGAACAAGAUUGAGGGUGUUGGCCUAAAGAAGACGCCAAUGGGAGUCAUAAUGGAUCUUCUUGAUCAGCAAGAAGAGAAAAUCAACAAAGUCCAGGAUUUCUUGGAGAGUAAGCUGAAAGAUUAAGCAUCAGUACCAUCAACAUUUUUUUAUUUUGAAUGGUUUAUUGUUGUUGUCAGAUAUUUGACCACCACAUGGCACUUUUGAGAUAUCCUUUGAAUAUACCAAAGUAUGACAAUGCAUAAACAUAAGCUUUUAUCCCUUAACCAUUAAGUAUGGUGAAGUGUUAAAGCUAUUUAAUGCUGUUUUUAUUUCUUGCUAUUGUGAAAAACUGUCCGUUAAACUGUAUUUUUGUCCGAAAUAGGCAUUUUAAAUUAAUCACAAACCCUUUGUGCUUGCACCUCUUAUUGUAAUUUUGUCUAUUUUUGUUUACAUAGAAAUGAUCAUAAAUAUGUAUGCGAUGUAAAGCAUGAAAAUAUUUAUAUAGACAAUUACAGAAAGCACUUUGAUAUUUUAGUUUAGUUGUGUGCACCUCUUGCCAGGUUAUAUGUUUUGUUGCCAUUUUAAUUAAAAGUAGAAAUGAAUGUAAUAAAAUUUGAAUUUGGAUAAGUAUGGGCACAUUUCAAACCGUAACAUUGCCUUUGGCAGAAAUCAGACUUAAUAAUAGACUUAAAUAUAUCAUAUUUUCCCACUCUUAAAGCUUAAGGAUGGUGAAGGCCAUUAACAAAAGAUUUUAUUUGGUCUUCUGAUUUUUUUUUUUGCUGCUUAUAUUUUGACUGCAGAUAAUAACAAAAUUAAACAUGGUAACCUUUAAA